CCGUACUUUAUUUGUAGUUAUGGGAAUUGCUUCAAAACAAAUAUAUUUGGGCAGACGCAUGUAUUUAUCUCAAGCACAAAGGCAGCAAAGAAAAUUCUAAGUAAGGAGACUGCGAAUUUCACAAAGAGAUACAUAAAGUCAAUUGCAAAACUUGUGGGAGACCAAAGCCUUCUUUGUGCUUCACAUGAGCAGCACAAACUUAUUCGAAGCCAUCUUAGUACUUUGUUUACAACUGCAUCUCUUUCGUCAAUGGUUAGACAAUUUGAUGAAUUGACUGUUAAUAAUCUUAGCACUUGGCAACACAGAUCCGACGUUAUUAUACUCCAUGAAGCUCUAAAGAUAACCCUUGAAGCAAUCUGCAAAAUGUUAAUGAAUUUGGAAGGAGAAGAGGAAUUAGAGACGUUGCACAAGGAUGUUGGGCUGAUUUAUGAAGCAAUGCUAGCAUUUCCAAUAAAACUACCAUGGACCAGAUUCUACAAAGGCCUACAGGCCAGAAAAAGAAUUAUGAGGUUGCUGGACAAGAUAAUAGAGAAAAGACGAAACUCCAAAGAAAAGUUUGAUGAUUUUCUAGCUCAUCUUUUGAGUAAGGAUGGUGAGGAGAGUGAACAAGAAAAUGCCACACAGUUAACAAAUCAGGAGAUUAAAGAUAAUAUACUAACCAUGAUUAUUGCAGGUCAAGAUACCACGGCUAGCGCGAUUACAUGGAUGAUCAAGUAUUUGGAUGAAAAUCCCGAUGCUCUUAACCAACUUCAGGCUGAACAACAAGCCCUUCAGCAAAAGGUUUCCAGCAAAGCACACCUCACGCUAGAAGACCUGAAUUGUAUGCCAUAUGCAUCUAAGGUUAUUAAGGAAUCACUUCGAAUGGCUUCAAUUGUGCCUUGGUUUCCAAGAAUGGCACUCCAUGAUUGUGAAAUUGAAGGAUUUACGAUCAAAAAAGGAUGGAACAUUAACGUGGAUGCUAAAUCAAUACAUUUUGAUGCAAUGAUAUUCCAUGAUCCGAAUAAAUUCAUUCCUUCAAGAUUUGAUGUUGAUUCAAAACCAUAUAGCUUUUUAGCAUUUGGAAUGGGAGGAAGAACAUGCCUUGGACUGCAUUUGGCUCGAGCAAUGAUGCUUGUUUUUGUCCAUCGUUUGACCACAUCCUACAGGUGGAUGGUAAUAGAUUCUGAUGAAAGCAUUGAGAAAUGGACACUUUUCUCAAGACUAAAAAGUGGUUGUCCCAUACGUGUUACGUGUUUAGAGGAGGAGAGGGAGUUCCCUAAUGCAUCAAUAGCAUAAAGCCAAAAUGUUACUUAUUUAUUUAGAGUAGUUAUGAUAUAUUUGCAACAACAAAGAGAGAACACUAGGGGUCCAACAAGAUGUAGAUAAAAGUAAUUGUUUGAUCAUAUUUUAUGUAAAUAAUCUUUAAAUAUUUUAAAUUGUUAACUGUUGAUUUA